UCGCGGUGUUGUCAACACACGCCGUACGAUCAUCGCAGAUCACCGCAGUACACUCUCGCGCCAUUUCCAUUUCCUUCGUUCUGGGUGCCAUCGAAACUGUCAUACGGUGUAAAUUACGAACAACAAAACACGAAACAACACUUACUGUGUGUGUGUGUGCGACAGAGAAGGAAAAACGGAUUUCCUCGUUACGAAGAUUGUGAUCGACGACAGUGACGACCAGAAGGAAACAAAAACGCAGCUCUCGUUCGUGUGAUGCCUUGUGAGUGAUUCGGAAGCGACGCCUGUGCCGGUAUCCAAACAAUUUGCAUAAGAAAAGCAAAACGGCUAAAGUUCGAAUGCAUCGUUCCGGUUGGUAUGUGGUGUGCGUUGUGUGUAUGGAUGCAAGUGAGGCAGUGACAAAAUUCAUAAGCAACUGGGGUGUUGUGAGAAAGGUACGGGUUGAAGCCAUUCUUUCGUGAUCUUGCGUCGUGAUUUGAAGUGUUUGGAAGAUUGUGCUUGGGAGGGGAAGAUCAGUUAAGCAUUCUGAACGCACACGUGUUUGUUAUUCAAAUAUUCGACUGUUGAUUAUUCAAAUGCGUACCGUAGUGCUUAUCGGAGACUGUGCUAGUGCCAGUGCUACAGCAGUAAGCAGGAUCGUCAACCAGGUCAGAGGACAGCCGGUGAGAGCAGGCUACAUUUUAGGACGCUAAAGGUGAGAGUGACUCCGAAGUUCAGUCACCUGGCUAAACGAGGAUCGCCUCCUCUUUUUACUUGUGCGUUGGAUGGUAUUCAAUGCUCGGCAUCGAUGCGCGUCCGGCAAAAAGGGGGGUUUUUGAUUUCGAGCCACCGGGAGCCGUGCAAACUCGACGACGGGCGUGUGGGUGAAUCCGAGCCAAGCCUUUGAGGUUUUACGAUGCACUAUCUAAGUGGAUGCUGCAUGCAACACCCAAAACACAUCAACACGAUACAGUGUGACGAUCAAGUGAAGCUUGGGUAGAAAUGUGUGUGUGUGUGUGUGUGCGUGUGGCUAACAUCAAACGGAGAACGAAGCCAGAUUAGCGAGCUUGUUUGUGACAAAUUGUGCGAGCAGUAGUGUUGUGUGACUGAUACGAAAUCUGUUAAUUAGUGAUGGUGUACGAGUGUUUAAAUCCCUCUUUCUGUGUGAAAAGUGACAAGUGCCAAACAAGUUCUUCCAACGUCGGUAGAGAAGAUUGUGGACUUAAUAUUGAGUCCUCACAAACGAAUUAUUCGUUGAUGUCAGCAUCUUAAAGAUAUCUAAUCCAAAACAAAAUGACGAGCUUCACAGUGCUCGUGCUGCUUACGGUGUGCCUUUCGGUGAGACUCGGCAGUUCCCAGGUGGAAACGAUACUUGACAGCAGCGAGUACGAUGAUUUGGGCCUGCCCACCGUGACCGAACCGAAGCCUCAGAUUGCGGGCUUCCUGGCGAACGAUGGAAGCGAUCUCUUCCCAUCGGUAUCGAUGUCGAACGAUGGUCCAUCGAUGACCUAUCAGCAGCGUCCAUCGGCUUCCAACUACGCCAACCCGUUUAUAGCCCGUGCGGAACAGUACCGAAAAGCGCACAGUGGAGGUGGUCCACGACCACAACUCAUCCCUUCGCAGCAGCAGCAGCAGCAGCAACAGCAAGGCUAUGACCCCCGGGACGGUACACCCUACACACGCGAUAUCGCCGUCAAACAGGGCAUUCUGCGUGGUUUCGUGCGUGUGAUGCAUCCUCAGUCGGGGUUGAAAAACGUGGACCAAUUCCUGGGCAUACCGUACGCGGAGGCUCCGGUUGGCUCGAGACGCUUUAUGCCACCGAGUGCACCGAUACCGUGGAACGGGCUCAAGAUGGCCACGAAGCUUUCGCCCGUCUGUCCACAGAAUCUGCCAAGCCUGAACAAUGCGAACAACAACUACUCGAAGGGCCGGUACGAUCAGAUCAAACGAUUGCUACCGUACCUGAAGGUGGAAAGUGAAGACUGUCUCUAUCUCAACCUGUACGUGCCAAGUUAUGAUGGUAUCGGACCGCAGACUAAGUAUCCCGUCAUCGUGUACAUCCACGGCGAAUCGUACGAGUGGAACAGUGGCAACCCGUACGACGGCUCCAUACUGGCCAGCUACGGGCAGGUGAUAGUGGUAACGCUCAACUUCCGGCUGGGGAUACUCGGUUUCAUGAAACCCGGCAUCAGCGAUCAUACGACCAGCAACUUUGGCCUGCUGGACCAGAUAGCGGCCCUGCAGUGGAUCAAGGAAAACAUUGGAGCGUUCGGUGGCGAUGCAAAGCUGGUGACGGUGAUGGGCCAGGGUACCGGGGCGGCCUGCGUCAACUUCCUGAUGGUGUCCCCGGUCGCGAAGGGAUUGUUCCAUCGGGCGAUUCUGAUGUCGGGCUCGGCCCUGUCCGACUGGGCCCUGACGCAGCACCCGCUGCAGUCAACGAUGCAAGUCCUGCAGGGUCUGAACUGUCCGCUGAACGGGGAAAAUGACGAGGUGACGGCUUGUCUGCGCCGCAAACGGUACAGCGAAAUACUGGGCGUGAAAACGGCCUCGCCCCAGUUCUCGACCCGCUUCGGACCGAUCGUCGAUGGGCUGGUCAUACCCAAUAUGCCGCACAAAGUCAUGGGCCAGUACAGUGACAUUUUUAGUGGAUACGAUCUGCUGUACGGUAUGACCGAGCUGGAAUCCUAUCACAUCCUGAAUGCGGUCGCGCUCACGUACGGCCUGCUGGAAAACGAACGAGACAAUUUAUUGCGAUUUUACAUGCAAAAUCGCUUCGAAAUUCGUCCCGACCUGGCCCUCGCUGCGACGCUGCGCGAGUACACCGACAUCUACAUGGACCCGAACAAGGCGCUGGCGGACGAACAUCGGGACAAUUUGCUGGAGAUACUGUCGGAUGCGCGCGUCGCUGCCCCCAUGGUCCAGACCGGGCUCUAUCUGUCGAAGGUCAACCCCAAGUGCUACAUGUACGUGUUUGGUCACAACAGCGAGGCGGGAGAAUAUGGCCGGCUAUCACAGAGCGUGGUCGGCGAGGAUUUGGCGUACGUGUUUGGUGCACCGCUCGGGCAGGUGGGCCCAUUCCAGCAUCAUUACAAUGCGCGCGAGCGUCUGUUUUCCGAGGCGGUGAUGAAAUAUUUUACCAACUUUGCCAAAACUGGCAACCCGAAGGCGCCCUGGAAGGAUCUGUUUUUGAAUCUCAACCCGGAAGAUUGGUCGUACUACGAUGUGGACUGGCCGGAGUACAACAGCAUCAACCAGAGCUAUUUGCACAUGGGCAUUACGCCGGUGGUCGGCCACCGGUACCGGCAGAAGUACAUGAAGUUCUGGAACGAGGAGCUGCCGGAAGAGCUGAAGAAGAUUACCAGCUCGAAGGCGUACGCACCGUACUCUGACUUCUUCAGUCCGCCGGGGGCGGGCAAGGGCGUCGUGAAUGCGGGUGUGAGCCGUGUCCGGGGUGGCACCACGCCCCAUCCCGAUUACCCGACCGGGCACAUCAAUCUCUAUCCGAUCCACGUUGACAUCGAGCGUCCGACGGAGGAUCCGUUUAAGGAGCUGCUGUACCAGAUGAAGGAUCCGCUGGGCGGUCCCGGGAUGUACAAUGCGCCGGCAACGUCGUCUGCGGCCGCCAUUCCCGAAAAGGGAAACGGGCCGGCUCAGCUCGCUGCCGGUGGCGGUGAACAUCAGAAGCACCAGAAGCAUCUUCAGCAGCUCCAGUCGACGAAGGAUUCGUUUGGUUCGUCGGGCGUGACGGAACUGGAUGGAAAUGCGACGGAAAUCAUGAAAAGUGAAUCGACGCUCACCGUGCUGAUAGCGGUCGCUAUCGUGUUUCUGCUGUUUAACAUAGUCGUCAUUGUGGGAUACCUCGUCCGACGCCAUCUUGGACAGGGUGGUGGAGCUGGUGGUGGUGGUGGUUCGGGUGGAGGUGCGGGACGUAAAACAAAAAGUAAGUACGAUGAUACGAUGCUGGAGAGUGCGGCCGCCGUCGUGGUGUCGGGCGUGGGUCUUGGCGAGAAGGAAGAUGGAUGCAAUCAGCUGCACGCGCAUCACCACCAUCAUCUGCACCAUGGGUCGUACCUGCUGGACGAAGCAGCAACGAUGAUGCUGCGGAAAUCGAACUCGUACGAACCGGUAGCGAAGCAACCGUUUGGCGAUGAGGUCCACGGGCCGGUUUCGAUGGGUGUCGAUGCGGUCGAUUCGCAUACGAAGGUGUGCGAUUGGAUGGUGGCGUCGGCGGGCUGUCGCAUGCCGCCGGUCGUACCGCCGCACAAGAUCAGCGUUGCCAUCGAUGCGACGCCACAGGCACGGGGCAACAGUGUCCUGCGGCAGGAACCGAUAGAGAUAACGAAGGCAAAGUCGUUCGAGUACGGGACGACCGAUGAGGUGGACUGUGCGGUGAGAGGCUGUGGACCUGUGGAUGGACCGGUUAGAGAGGCUGACUCCAGCGGAGCUGGUAGCAGCUCUUCCGGGACGACAUCGUCCUGCUCCAGUUCGGCGGCUACGGAUGAACUGAAGCAGACCAUGCCAGCUGGAGCUGGAAUUUAUUACAACUGUCCCGAUUAUUCGUUACGACGGUUCGGUGCGGCCGAACAAGGCGAGGAAGAGGUAACUAGCUUUAUCGAGCCGGAAGUCCCGGGAGACAUAAACGUAACGUGCCGUGAUGAAAGUUCGGAAAAGGAUCCUCUUUCGCCCGAAGAAGCACUGCGAGUAAUACAGCGGCGCAACUUCCCCAAAGUACUCCCGGAUCAUCCACGGUCCGGUGGAGUUGGCAGUGCGACGCUCGGAACCUCCAUGAAGCGACGUUCCCUGCCACCGCAGUCUUUGUACGGGCCGCUUCCUCACGGUAGUCACAGUUUGCGCCGGGAUGCAUCAGGCGCCAGUAGUCGAUUGAUUCCAGCACCACCUCCACGGAUCUGUUCCACGCUCGGACGACAGGCGCGAACCAGCAACAACUUCAUCAGCUCACCACCGAUAGUGGCGGAAGAGCCACCGGUGGAAGAGGAACCUCCGAUCGCACUGAACACGUUACACGUUGGGCCACUACUACCGACGCACCAGGAAAGUACCUACAUGACGAUGUCCCGCCAGAACUCGGUAGGCUCCGAGAGUGAUCCAUGCUCACCCGAUUGUGAAACGCAAACGGAGGAUGACCGUGGGCUGUGUGACGUCGAGGAACAGCCACCGGUCGACAUCAUUUGUAUAGAGCAUAAGCCAGAAAACAACUACAGCUACGUACGGCCAGUUGGCUUAAUGCGAACACCGUCGUCCUUCAAAUGUCCCGAAACGCCCCGAACGGGUGUUGGUAUGGAAACACGAAGCGCCGGUGAUGGCGAAACGUUACAGCCUUCGCCGCAGCACGAUGGAGACGCCCAGCUCCCCGUACGGGAUAAGUUUAGUUCCGACUCGUCCGCUACCGACACGACAUCCGGGAGCACCGGAACGAUAAAGAAACUGUAAAUAGCGAAAUAAGACAAGAUGGGACAAGAAGGACACCAUUGUCGGGCCUACCGUGCAAAGUUUGACUAACGAGCAAACGAGACGGAUAUCGAUUUGUACCCAUCUAACGAACCGCCGCUUUCCACGGAAGUGGAAUCAAUGGGUAGUGGGAACUGGGACUGUCACUGUGCAAUAUCGAACGGGCGUACGUUUUUGUCAUGCACUUGAAGCAUGCUGGAGUAUUUAUUCUUAGGAUCACGUUUACUUGCAAUAUCUCUUGGCGGGCGUGUACACAAACGCCCGACCGGUUUGCUGCCGGGGACAAACAGCCGGAACGUUGUAUUUGGUCAUUCGCGCGAUCAGUACGGAGCGAUUCGCUUGUACGAGCAUCCUCGUAGCAAGCAGUUUGUACUAAUAGUUUGAAGACCCACACAAAGAUACAACCAAACAAUCACACACACAACAAGAUUCCAUAUAUUGAUUACAUUAAUCCGCAGCGCUAACGGAAAAUGGCGGCUGGCAAACGGUAAUCGGUCAAACAGAUUCGUCGAUCGGUAUAGUUUUGGCCAGACCGUACCGAACCCGUUGGUGGUCGACUAUUUAUUUACGCUAUUUGUACAAAUAAAGUAGCACGCAGAACAAACACACGGUUUUAGUCGGUAAGAAACAUUUAGCGAAGAACGACGGAUACAUUCAUCGGGUGGAAAUAAACUAAUUUUCAUAGCAAGA